AUGGUCGUCUUCAAGUCCAAACCAGAAUACACGGUCCUAGACCCCAACUUCCAACCCGGGCCCAAGAACGGCCACCUUUCGGAAAGAGAUCCUGAGUAUGCAGCCGUCGAAAAAGCAGCAGAAGAAGCCCUGAGACCUCUGUGGUACAAUGAUCUCCCCAUCGACCAAUGGAGAAAACUGUGGACCACCGCGCCGCCACCUAUUCCGAAGGGCUGCCCUGAACUAGGCAAAGAGGUCUCGGAGUCAUACGGCAAGGUGCCCGUGCGCGACGGGACGGAGAUCGAGAUCAAGAUUUAUAAGUCCACCACCCCGAGGAACAGGAACGACGCUUUGCUUGUGUUUCGGAUGCAUGGGGGCGGGUGGACGGUGGGUGGACAUGUGACGGAGGAGGCGGAGAGUAGGUAUCUAGCCGCAUUGGAGAAUGUGGUGGUUGUGAGUGUGGAUUAUCGGAUGGCACCUGAGUUCCCUUUCCCUUAUCCAAUUGAAGAUUCGUGGGAUGUCCUGAAAUGGUGCAAGGCCAAUGGCAGUUCCCUCGGUAUCAAUCCCGAAAAAAUUAUCAUCGCUGGCAACAGCAGUGGUGCGAACAUGGCCGCCGUCCUAGCCAUCCGCGCCCGCGACGAGGGACUCACCGGAAUCGUGGCCCAAAUCCUCGCUGUCCCCGUCACAUGCCACCCCAAGCUCUUCUCGCAGGUGCCCAACGCAGAGAAAUACGAGCUGCUAAGCUACGAACAGAACCACAAUGCCGGUGUCAUCGACACCGUCCGGAUGGAGUUCGUCUGGGACUGCUACGUUGGCACUAACCCGGAGUCGGACCCCAGGCACUCGCCUCUGCUGAAUGAGAUACCGGCGUUGAAGCGGUUGCCGCCUGCUUUGGUGCAGGUUGCAGGGUGUGAUCCCAUGCGAGACGAAGGGAUCGCGUAUGCAGAGGUGUUGAAGGAGGCGGGUAAUGAGGUGGAGUUGACGAUUUAUAAGGGGUUGCCCCAUUGCUUCUACGGCUUCACCGAGUUGAAACGGACGGCAGAGUAUUUUGAGAAGGUAGUUGCGUUCGUGAAGAAGUAUGCGGAUGCUGACGCAGGUUUGGGACAGACUAUUUAG